UGAUGGACUAACUAAACUAAACGCAGUUAUUUCUAAUCUGUGGAACGCUGUUAAAGCGAUUAAAUUAAAAAAGCCCGAGUGCUAAAUGAAUAUUGUAUUUUUCCAUUAUUAAACAGUAAAAUGGGGACAGAAGUAGCUAUAUCGUUUAGUUCUUUACGUGCUCAACUAGAAAAUGAGAAAAGCAGCUUGUUUAAAAUAGACGAAAACAUUAAAAAAAUUGUUCAAACCACCGGAAGAUUCAAUGAUAGAUUUAAUUCUACGGGUGAAUAUCCUCGAGGUAACAAUCGUACAGGCGGCCGAAACGCUUUCCCAGACGGAGGGAACAACUUCAAAAAUGAUGAGCAGUUUGCAAAACGAAAACAUGAGACCAAAACAGUUUUCAGCAGAUUAUCAGCCCGUGUACAUGACAGUGAUGGGGAAGAUGACGGGCCUGGAGCCAAGAGAGCCCGGGUUCCUUCAGCUGUGUGCAGAGAGCUGCCCACUAGGGCUGCAGUGCUACGGGCCCAGGGUGACGAUGAGCAGGCUAGAACACGGAACAGACGCAUAUUCGGAUCACUCCUCGGAACAUUACAGAAAUUCAAGCAGGAAGAAAUUGUACUACAAACUAAGGAAGAUAAAAAAGCACAAGUGGAACGUAAAAUAGAAGAACAAGCCAGACUAGAGAAGGAAAGAGAACAGAAAGAAAGAAAGACUUUAUUUGCUGAGAGAGAACAUAAAAAGGCCACAAUUAAAGCAUUAGAAGCCAAAAUGGCGCGAGUUCAGGAGUUUGAGAAGUGGGAGGAGUCACAGAAGAGCCUCGCUAACUUCAUCCUGACCAAGGCUAAGCCUCACGUAUACUGGCUGCCCAAAAAGAUGUCCGAUAAGGCUAAUGAGAAAUUAGAAUCAAGUAGAAAGUAUCAUGAGAAAUGCAUGGUGAAGAAGCGUCAAGAACUCCAGGAAGAACUACAACGGAUAGAGCAGAGGUGUCUCCGGCCACGAGGACCUGGCACCAAGGAGAAUGACCCUGACAAUCAUGAUGCAGAGGACCAGAAGGAUGUUGAUAUGGCAAAUAAGGAUGAGAAGAAGAAGCGAGACAAGUUCGCAGCAGAUGUUGAUGAGAAGGAGGACAGUGAUGGUGAUGACAGACACGACGAGGAGACUAAAGAUAAACAGCCAGAGCCUCCACAACAGAUGGAAACAGAAGAAAUCAAAGUAGAAACAAACACAGUACAGAAUACAACAAUGGACACAGAAGUUGCAAAUGACAGCAGCCAGCUAUCCCUGGAGACUACCCUGAACGACACUCAAGCAUCCCUCGACACACAGAACCAUUCCUAACGCGACAGCCCCGCGCCUCGCGCCUAUGUCUCAAGUUAUACCGGCUGCAGCACACACCUCGUGUGGACAGUCCUGCUUAUUGUACAGCUUGUGAGACCAUGAUCAUGUUUGUUGGUGUGCAUGUCUAGUAAGGGGUUUUGGUAAUAGUAACAACUUCAAUUGAACAUUUCUCAUUACUGUUAUUCAAAUACUAAUCGAAAUUAGAACCAUUUGUAGGUUCUAACAUCGUUAGGGUUUAUUAGUGAGUAAUAGUCAAUUGAGAAAUACCUAUAUUGACAUUGAUCAAAAACGCUGCAAAAUAACAUUAGAAUGUGUGUUUAUUGUGUUAAGAUUAUGAUAUUUUAGUAUUGUAUGGAUCUUAAAAAUUAAGUAGGUAAACAUUGGUAUUGAAUAAUAAUUGCAAUACACCUACAUAAUGUAAUAAACCUGAAACACCAAAGCUA